CCGAUGGUAAGAUCGCGGAGGCGCUCCACAUUUGCGGGGCAAGCGUGAAGUUCGCGCGAGAACCAUUGCGCAAUAUAUAUCGCAGUGACUGAAUGGACGUCGCCAGCCUUCCCUCGCGCGAGAUCUCCACGCCUUGCUCCCUGCCACCAUGACCCUCCUCACACUCGCCUCCCUGGCCCUUGCGCUCGUCACUCGCACCCUCGCGAGCCCGCCUCUCGUCAUCCAGGAUGAGUCGCAGACGUCAUUCCCAAGCGUAGUCACCGAGACGAAGGUUCCCGUGAUCCUUGGUGUGAUGAGCCGGUGCCCUGAUGCGGUCCUCUGUGAAUCCGUGUUCGACCAAGUCUUGAAACGCGUGGCAAACAAAGUCGACCUCUCGCUGACAUUCGUCGCGCACACCAACACCUCAGAGCCAGACUUCGGAGUGUCAUGCAAGCACGGUCCCACUGAAUGUGCUGGGAAUGUACACGAGCUGUGUGCUAUGAAAUACGCGCCUCCAACCCAUUUCUGGGAGUUUGUACAGUGCCAAAAUUACCAAGGCAUCGACAAGAUUGGCCAGCCGGAUACCGCUUUGAAGUGUGCCAACACUGCCCAGAUCGACUGGGUCAACAGCGGGGUGGGAGACUGCGCAGGUCUUGAUGGCAGCGGGAAAGCACCGGAGGGCGUCCUGCUCCUGCAGAACAGUGCGAAAGCUACCGCGGAGUUGGGAAUCGAGAAGAGCUGCACCAUCCUCAUUAACGGGAAACAGGUUUGCAUUCAUGACGGCACGUGGAAGCAAUGCGAGAACGGUCACAACGUGCACGACUUCGUGCGGCAAAUCAAUCACGAGUAUAACAAGCUGAACGGGAACCGCAAUGGCGAGGAGGAUGACUUCUGAAGAGAUAUAUCCCGGAUGUGCACGAGCGCGACGACGAAUUCUUCUACUUCAAUAGCCGAGGAUCAGCUCGUAUAUGAUAAUGAUGAGGUUGAUUCCGAUUAAGGGUACUGGUCGUGGUCGACGUGAGCCGACAAGCCAUGUCAUACACUGUAGCAUACGUA